UUAUCACAAUUCAUUGAAAUGCUGUCACUGAUAAAAAACUGAUUGAAAUUUAAUCGUGUGAUAAAAACGGAGUUGUACAUGUGUGUUCAUGUGUUGGAUAAUGAGAUAGUGACUAAGUGUAUUUACAAAAUGGACAUAAUCGAAAUUAAAUUGAUUUAAAGAGAAAUGAUGUAAUGGAAAAACAUAUUGGAAAGAUCUGGAUUGUACAUGUUCCCCGUUACAUGUUUAUGAUAUUAUUUGAUUUGAACAUACUGUUUUAAUUUAUUAUCUAUACAAAAUUUUAUUAUAGAUCUGACAAGUAAGAUACAUUUUAGAAAAAAAUACAUAAUCAUACUGGUAAACAUUGAACAGUUUUGGUGGUUGAAUUGAAAAAUAUCCAAGAAUAUUUACUUCACUUCUAAAAUGAAUUCCAACACAGAAUCUGACAUUGAAGAAGAUCUGAACUACAAACCAAAGAUCAGUUCUCCUGGAAAUUAUCGUAGAUUUCUUGAGUUUUCCCGCACUUCAUCGCUUUCCGAUGAUGAAGGCGGUCACAGUUCAGGAAAUGAGGGAUUUAUCGAAGAUGAAUUGACUGUGGAACCAGCGUUACCUGAAGAAGACCUGUAUCCAGACUUGAGCUCCCCCGUACAUGAGGGUGUUGAGGGGACUGCCCAUCCAGAGCAGAUUCCUCCACCAACUGAGGAGCAACUGCAAGAAUGGAAUGCAGAACUUGAAAAGGUGGAAGGGGAGAUUGCCACUCUGCGGCAGGUUUUGGGCGCAAAAGUGCGUUACGCCUCAGAACUGAAGCGUAAACUGGGUAUCACACCCCUACAGGAGAUGAAACAUGAUUUCCAGCUGGGCAUAAAGAGCAUUAAAGACUCAUCCACAUACCAGAGAACGAAUGAAGCUUUUCAUGAUAUCAAUGACAAAAUCCACCAGACAACAGCAUACCAGAAGACGUCAGAGGUUGCGAAAAAUGCUGUAGAAAAGACGUCUACAGUUGUUGCCGGCAUUGGUAGAAAAUUGGGAGACCUUCGAAAUUCCCAAACAUUCAAAUCAGUAGAAGGAAAAAUGGAAUCUGCUUAUGCCUCGGUCAAGGCAAAAGUGUCCGGAAGUAAAUCGGAAGGAAGUUUUGAAGAGGCCCUGCAAAGGGAAAAGGAAGCGGGAGCAAAUGGGGCCCCAGACGGGGCACAGGAGGUCAUUCCAGAGGAGAAGUAGAAGUCUGUGCUAUUUAUAGUUUACAUUACAAAAUAUUCUUAACAUAGAACAUACGGACAUGACAAGACAAGGUUAAAGCCAUUUUAUUUAUAGCCCGAGAUGCCGGAUCUUAGUUAAAGUAACACCAGUCUUUGAAUUAUCAUGUAUAAACUAUCAUUUAGAGCACAUGUCUGUGCCAUUUUAUUUCAUGACACUUGUAUUAUAAUUGUUAUUGCAUAAUUUGGUCAAUAUUUUGUUAUCCAACAUUUUGAAGGUUUAACUAAGGUAUAUGUAUACGUUACUACAUUAUAAAUCAUGUAUCCUGUUUUGUGUAAUAACUUAAAUAUUUAUGAAACAAUCUCGGCAAAUUUCAAUGCAAAUGCAUCGGAACUGAUGCUAGAUUUCUUGCUAAAACACUUGAUGAUAUCUUUUUGAAAAGUACAAACUAUGAAAAGCGAAAACAUUAUUGUGUCGUUAAAUCCUACUGUCUUGGGACCAAAUAUUUUUAAGUGAAAUUGAAUUGCUUUUUUUCAUUGCAAUUCUCAAGUUAGUUUAACAUUGCUUAUUGACUAUUACAAAUCUUAUUCAAUACCUCUAUUUCUAUUUGAAGUAAUUUAUUUUGUUAAUGAUAAUAACUCUGCGUUCAAUAUAUUGAAGUUGUGAAUGAUCUUCAUUAAUUUAAAUCCAUUCUUUUAUAAAUAAGUCCUAUCAACUAAAAUGUUUAUGAGGUAUGAACAGUUGUGUUGUUUAUGUUAAUGAAUUUGUUGUUUUACAUGCUUGUUGCUAUAGCAAUGAUCAAACACUAAUUCUGUAAACUUUAUUGUGCUAAACAAGUUUUUUUCAUUUAUUGUAUGUUUAUAUGCUUUGGACAUUGUUUAAUGUUUUACGCAAUAAACUUACCCAAUCUUAGAAUAUGGUAGACAUCUGUGGUGAAUCAAAUUUAUUCAAUGAACUUAGUUAAAAAGGAAAAAAGGUGUUGUGCUCUUUGAGAAUAUCGACCAAGAAACUUUCGUGUCAUGAUAUAUUCAUCUAUAUAUAGAUGAUUUUCGCUUCUUAUUAAUGAACAAAUAAUGUAUCUUUAGAAAUUAGAAUUAUGUAUGAGAGUUAAAUUGCAUGUAUGAACAAUUUUGUAAGUUUGUUUUUAAGUAAGAUGAUUUGUCACUUGUAAAUUGCGCGUAUUGUUCAAAAUAGCGGGUGAUUUAAAUAUAUAAAUAUUUAAAAAAUAUUUUAGUUUAUGUGAUGGUAAUAUUUACACUUACAGUUGUCUGCAUGACAUAUAUUGUUAAAAUAAACUUGAUGCUCUUUUUCUUAUCAUGAACUUAUUUAGUAUAUGUAAUAUUCUGACAUGUAAAAAAAUAUUUCGAAGUAUGAACAAAUUGUUUUAUGGCGUUUGGUGCUGGGUUUUUGAAGGAUUGUUCAUUUGUUUGCCAUUAAACCAGGGCUUCCAUUAAGAAUUUGAAACUAAAAGCAUGAACUUCCUUGAUAUCAGUCAUUCCAAAAUUACAUUUUUCCCAGUUUUUUUUUGUUAUCUAUUAUGUUAAAAUUAAAUAGUUUUUGACUCCACAAAUGUAUAUUAAAUUAAUUUAUUUUACUCCAAAGCUGAUAAAAUAUGUGACCAUAAAAGUAACAUAGACACCAGGUUUGAUAUUUGAACUUCCAAGCCUUUUCCUUCGAAAGUUUUCUCCAAAAUGACAUGUAUGGAAGUUUUUGUACUUUGAAGGACUCAAUUUGGGAAGUUUUAGCCCAUUUUCAGGGAGUAAUAUAUUUCCAAACUUCCUUUAAUGGAAGCCCUGUUAAAUAGUUAUGUAUUUUCUACCUGUUUAAAAGGCUUCGUUUUUAAAAUUCUCUAGAACGUCAAAGAUUUACUUGGUCCAAAAAAGUAUUAAUUUCAUACCAAAUACCUGUAAUGGUUCUACUUAAAUAUAUAACGAUUCAUACUAGAGAUAUAUAUCUAACAUGUAACACAGUUCAGUGGUUUAAAAUUCCAUUUCAAAAUAGUUUUGCUUCCUUUUCUGCCAUGCUUUGAUAUUACAAUUCCAUUUUCUUAUCAAUGUUGUUACUGUAGCACUUUUUAAAAGAAUUAAUUGAGUCAUUAGAAAUAACAGUUCAUAUAUCUCCAUGUGUUGCAAAGGUUUUUUUAACACAUGGUUUUUAAAGAUUUUAUUCUGUACAUGUUAGUAACCAUUGCACCUAUAAUGGUUGAUAUUUGGACCUCACGAAUAUCAUCUAAUAGUUGGAAGUUAAAUAUCGCUUUUACAAUUAUCUGUAUCAUAAAACGUGUACGAGUCAACUUUUUAAAAUUGACAUUAAAUAAUUACUCUAGUUAAUAUAUUCACAUUAAAAAUUGGAUUGCUUAGUUCGGUAUUGAAAUGUCUCUGUGCAAUAUUAUGCUGCAUAAAUAAAUGUGUAACAUUCCUA